GUCCGACAUGUCGUCUCCUAAAGUAGGCCUGAAGAUACUGACAAUAUUGCUGCCGAAAUCAGCAUAUUUCAAUAAUUUCAACAUUAGACAGUGGUAGACUGUGGCAACAAGGAAAAUCGGAAUGCGUUUGCUCGACAUUUGUUAGUGACAGUCACGAAGAAAAGCGAUAUAACCUGUUUGAGAAAAGAAAAUACGUAAAAGUAACAUUAAGCUUACAAAAAAAUUAAUUACAAUUGAUGCGGAAGAUAUUGCAAGUUUCUUAUUAAAAGCUAUUGCCAAAGUUUAUCUUCAGACGACAAAGAAAAUAUUUUAAAUACCAUCAAUCCGAUAACAGCGAGAAUCGAUGAUGUAGGAUCGUACGUAAAAAAUUAUGUCGAGAAUGUGUGGCUUUCCUUUCGGACCAAGGAUUUGGUCGAUUCAAAAUUGCUCGCACAACUUUUACAAAACAGCAAGCCGUUAUAUGAAUUGCUAAACUUGCACUAUACCUCGGAAAUAUGUGCAAAAUCAGUCGGAAGUAGUUGGUUCCCUAGGACCUGCUUUCGUUAAAAUAACGCAGUAAUUAUUAUUCUGUUGUAGCAUACUGAACACAAUUUCAAUUAUACAAACGUAAACACAAUAUUGUCAAUAUAUUUCGAAAGAUGAUCUAAUUAGAGUUAUCAGCAGCGUUUUAAACACUUUGAAUCUUAGGCCGAAUAUGAUAAAGCUUGGAUGAAUAUGGUGGAACGUAUGUAGAUCACAUGUAAAACAUGGCGAGAGUGCGAAUACAUGACUUUGGAAUUAUCCGCGUCAGCUUGCUUGAGAAGCGACGAAACGUCGAAUAUUGAAUGUUGAAAGAAAUAUUGAUGAAAUAAAUCCGCAGUUAAGAAAUAUCUGUUUAAUACCCCACAAAAAUAGGAACGUUAUGUCCACUUCACUUUCAUAUCCAUGCGGUUUUGUGAAUUCCUCGUGGAUUCGACGUACGUUUUUGUGGAGUGUAUACAAGGUCUUUCUUUUCUUCUUUCAGGUUCGAGGUUGUGUUCUGUAGACUCUUAUUGACAAUCAUUGGUUCAGUACAUAUUUAUCGUUAAUAAGUAUAAUUAUUAUGAAAUAAACUACGCAACAUACACGCACACCGAAUCAACGGUUGUCGCCAGUUGGUAUAUUUAAUCUUAGACAAAAUGAAAUUCAAGGAAUUAUUCAAGCAAAUCCAUAGAUUACAGCAUUCUUGGUUACAUACAUUGCCUGCAAAAGUACCAGAGAAAAAUGUUGCCAGCACGAAGUUACAUAUACCCGAGCCUGAGUACAACACAGACUUUUUAUGCGAUCCUGCCAAUCGUGACACCAUUUUGAAUAACAUAAAGAGGCGAAAGAGUAUCGGAGAUAUCAACAGAGUUCUUGAAUUAUCGGAUAAACCCGAGAAGAGAGAAUUGCUCUCGAAAGAAUUGAGCAGAAUACCAAAUUGCACGCAUUCCGCGAUAUUCGAGUACGGUGAUACACCGAAGUUUCUGAAGGAAUACGGCGAGAAGCCAGAAUACGAUUUUGAACCUCAGGAAUUUACGGAACUUGCCAAUCACUUGAGACUGAUAAGAACAGGAUUGGGACCUGUCGCUGGACAAAAAGCGUACAUGCUCUUAGGAGACCUGGCACGACUGGAAGAAGCAUUGGUCCGUUACACAGUGAAAAAAUUGUUGAAGAAUGGAUUCCAACUGCUGUCGGUCCCCGAUAUUGUUCCUACAGAACUAAUCAAUAGGUGCGGUUUGAUAAUGGAGGGUGCUCGCACCCUUGUAUACAACUUGGAUCCUUAUUAUGGAGACGAUUACAGCUUGUCCGGGACCGCGGAGAUUGCAUUAGCCGGUAGAAUGAUGAACACUAUCCUUUCUCGCGAUGAAUUACCGCUGAAAUUAGUCGCUGUUAGUCGAUGUUACCGCGCGGAGACCUCAACCAAACUGGACGAAAGAGGUAUCUAUAGGGUUCAUCAGUUCACCAAAGUAGAAAUGUUCGUUUGUUGUGAACCGCUGCAAUCCGAGGAAGUGUUCCAUGAUCUCCGGAACAUGCAGGAAGAAUUGUUCUCGUCGUUGGGACUGCAUUUCCGAGUAAUGGACAUGCCUCCGACUGACCUGGGUACAUCUGCUUAUAGGAAGUCAGACAUAGAGGGCUGGAUGCCUGGAAGAAAGAUGUACGGCGAAUUGUCAAGUUGCAGUAAUUGCACGGACUAUCAGUCGAGACGACUCAACAUCAAGUAUAAAACCGAAGACGGUGGCACGGCUCAUGUGCACACGCUGAACGGGACCGCUUGCGCGAUACCUCGCAUGUUGAUCGCAUUAUGCGAGUCUUAUCAGACGAAGCACGCGCGUAUCACUGUACCGAAGAGCCUGGUGCCUCUGAUGAAGGAUAAAACGCUCAUCAGAAAGCAACCAGUCGCGACUAUGAGAACUUUCAAGUAUAAGCAAGAUUUAAGUGAAAGUGAUAUAUAACUACAAUGGCAAUUAUUAAAACAUGUAUUAUUAAAAUAAAGAAACGCUUUUAUCAUAGAUUGAACA